AUGAUCUAUUAUAAUUCCACCCUUCGACCCGACUUGAGCUGGCGCGAUGGUUAUUUCUUCGUGCUUAGCUACCAAAGCCUCAAAGCGGGCACCCUCGAGUCGACGCGACCACACACCCCCACCAUCCAACCCGCCGCAUCAAUCGUGAAGCCCAUUCCCACCUUCACUGCGCGCCCGUCGCCCGCCCGCGAUCCGAGUCAAUUCUUUUCGCCAUCCCUAGGCCAAGUCUUCAAAUUCCGCCAACUCUCCUUCCUCCUCGAUUAUCUUCCCCCUCCCCUCGCCCCUCUCCACCCACAUCCUCGCCCCAACCCACCACUUACCCGCGCACGCCGCUCCAAGGGUCGUCACCAUGGCCUCCGCCCCCGCGGAAGAGGAAGCCCUCCGGGGCUACUUCUCCCCGACGCCGCCCUCGAACCCGACGUCCUCGCCGAACUCACCUCCCUCCUGCGCCUGCACGGCGUCUCCGCCGAGGACCUCUUUUACAAGUGGGAGUCGUACUGCAUGCGCCUCGAGGUCGAACCCAGCGCCGUCACCCUUCCCGCCCUCAAGGCCUUCAAGCAGCGCACCCUCGACGACCUCGAAAAGACCAACCAGGCCGCCGCCGCCAAGGGUCCCGAGCGGAGAAUCGGCCAGACGCCCCGCAGCGUGGCCAAGGGCGGCGGCGGCGAUGUCUUCAACAUGCAAGUGCCCCCUCCCUUUUAUUUCCCCUUUUUCUCGUACCCCGCUACCGCGCGGACCAAGGGCCCCGCCGGCGCCAGCCUCAAGAAAAGAGCUCUCGAGACUCCCUCCACAAACCGACUUCGCUCCGACGUCCCCGCCAGCUCCCUGACCUCAAGACCCCCAGCCGACUCACCGAUGCCGCCGGAUCCUUCACGUCCCCGAGCCCCCUUCGCCCCCUACCCCGAGCCCCGCGUGCGGCUCAACGCCCUCGCCGACGUCCGCAAAAUCGACUACAAGCCCCUCUCCGUCAAACUCUCCGAGGUCGCGAGCGCCCUCAACCGCCGCAUCGACAACGCGGUCGCCUUACUCGCGGCCGACCCCGACAUCGACGACUCCGAAUUCGGCAACCCCACCACGCAAAGCACCUCGCGCAUCCUCGCCGUCGGCCGCAUCUCCUCCAUGAAGCACGGCAACGGCCGCCGCGUCCCCCUCAACGUCUCCCGCCUCCCCGGCUUCAGCACCUUCCCCGGCCAGGUCGUCGCCCUCCGCGGCACCAACGCCUCGGGCUCCCAGUUCGUCGCCGACCAGGUCCACCGUCUACGCGGCGACCCGGACGCCAUGGACGCCGACGCCGACAGCGACGGCCCCGACCCCGCGCCGCUCACCGUCCUCUUCGCCUCGGGCCCCUACACCCCGGACGACAACCUCGACUACGAGGCCCUCCACGCCAUCUGCGACAAGGCCGCCCAGACCUACGCCGACGCCCUCGUGCUCUCCGGGCCCUUCCUCGACCUCGAGCACCCCCUCAUCGCCUCGGGCGACUUCGACCUCCCUGAAGACGCCUCGUACGACCCCGACACCGCCACCAUGACCACCGUCUUCCGCCACCUCUCCGUCAAGAUCGUCCCCAACCCUCGCACCCUCUUCCUCAACGAAAUCAUGCUCGGCCUCUCGGGCCAAGACGCCCUCUGGGAGCUCCGCCACGAGGAACUCGUCGUCGGCCGCGUGCCCCUCCAGGAUCCCCCUUCCCGCCUCAGCCGCUACCUCAUCGAUCAGCGCCACUACUUUCCCCUCUUCCCUCCCACCGACCGUUCCAAGCUGCCCAAGACGGGCACCGAGGACGGCAGGCCUCCGGCGCCCGCGCUACAGCCCUUUGCCAGAGUCGUCGAAAGUGUACUCGUCAUCAACCCCGGCUCCCUCUCCAAACGUCGUGGCGCCGGCACGUACGCCCGCAUGAUUCUGUACCCGCGCGCCCUCGACGCCGAAGAUAGAAACCAGGAGUUUGUGCCGAACAACGUAUUUUCUCGCGCGAGGGUGGAUGUCAUUAAAAUUUAG